AUGAGUUUAAAAUUUGUAAAAGUCUCUGGACAAGUUGUCUGCAGUGCAACUAAAUUUAGUGACCAGUACUGUGACAUUGAUAAGAGUGACCAGUACCGUGACAUUGAUCAGAGUGACCAGUACUGUGACAUUGAUAAGAGUGACCAGUACCGUGACAUUGAUCAGAGUGACCAGUACCGUGACAUUGAUCAGAGUGACCAGUACUGUGACAUUGAUAAGAGUGACCAGUACCGUGACAUUGAUCAGAGUGACCAGUACCGUGACAUUGAUCAGAGUGACCAGUACCGUGACAUUGAUCAGAGUGACCAGUACUGUGACAUCGAUCAGAGUGACCAGUACGGUGACAUCGAUCAGAGUGACCAGUACUGUGACAUUGAUAAGAGUGACCAGUACCAUGACAUUGAUAAGAGUGACCAUGACCAGUACUGUGAUGUUGAUAAGAGUGACCAGCAUGGUGAUGUUGAUCAGAGUGACCAGCAUGGUGAUGUUGAUCAGGGUGACCAGCAUGGUGAUGUUGAUCAGAGUGACCAGUACCGUGACAUUGAUAAGAGUGACCAGUAA